CAAACACACACCUCUCACACACACCCUCAAACACACACCUCUCACACACAUCCUCAAACACACACCUCUCACACACACCCUCAAACACACACCUCUCACACACAUCCUCAAUCAUUAGAUGAGCCACAAUGAAGACUCGUAAGUCCUCAUACACAGCGUAGAUACACACAAUGAUACAUAGUUACAGCCUGUACACUUAACAGCGUUCCAGUUGAGUGACGGACAGUGUGAGUGUGUAUUUAUAUCUAAAGUGAUCACACGUGUGUAUAUACCACACAUUAACAACAAUACUAUUUCCGGUUUGCAGUAGUCUUGGAGAUGAAAGCCAAAGGAGUGUGGCUCCUCUCUACGUCCCCAUACAGGUAUGGACACGGAAUCGUUGUGUUAGUCCUAACAGGCUUCUAAAUACAUCACGUGAUCAGAUUAUCACUGUAGCCGUGGUCUCGACACGCUUUGUAUGUUUGUACUUUUGUAUGUAACACAAUGUACUAUGACUGUGUACGUUACUUUCUACCUUGUGGGUUCCCAGGGAGACUACAAGUCUGUGUGCUGACACCUGUCGAGGUGUGGAGAUGAUAACACUUCUUCUGUAUGUAAUACAAACAGGAAAUAACGAGAGAAAUUCUCGUCUAAAUACCGGAGUAGAGAGACACGAUCAUCACCCCUCGUACCAUGUCACGGACCAGUGUACUGUGAUGUAGUAGGACUGAUAAUAUAGACCAUACAGGCCCAAUCUCAGUCCAAUACGACUCCGUGAUUCCUAAGAUGGACACACUUCUCCUGAAGUGACAAAAAUAAUGGUGUCGGCGUUCCUUAGAUAGACAAAAGUGUCUCCCUAUGUAGACCAGAGGCUCAAACUUGGCGGAGGAUUAUGACGUAGCACUUCUCCCUCAGAAAAUCUAAAAGAGAACUGGGGAUGGACGACGAGACGAUUGAUUGGAUGCUUUCAGACGGUUCCAUUGACGCUGUGUCGGGUGUACCACUAUCCUCUGUCCUCUUCAUGUUGUACUAUGGAUUCGAGCUAAAAUAUUUCUUCUUACAAAUAUCCGAGGAGCUCAUGACCCGCUAUCCGUUGGUACUUUAUGAUGUAGGAAGGUCGAGUGUUUAUCUUGGCGGUAGUUGUGGACAUGGAUUUUUCCUGAAUUCACGUCGAAUUCCCGAUUUACGCGAUUUCGAUAUUGUGACAAUUUUAAAGAAAUAUGAUAUCAGAACUGAGUGUCAGUAUGACAAAUCUAAACAAAGGGAACCCGACGUUGGUCAAAAAGCCGAAGAAGAAAACGAAGACAACCGCGACUUUUGUGCGAGUGACAAACGGAUGAACGUUACGUGUGGAUCAGACCCUGUCUAUCUAAAUGUAGAGUCGAGUGAGGCCGGAUAUGUUCUUCUCCGUAAAUGUCGUCGGAACUCUGCUUCCCAGGUCUCUUUGCAACAACGCUAUGUGUCCAGUUCUGCAGUCAUGAAAGCGAGGUUCGAAUACUGGGAUGAUGCCAAAAUGUUUAUCAAACAACGAUAUACAGGCCCAUUUUUCACACGAGGGACAGCUGAUGACACCGGACACAUCCCUAUCUUGUCGUUCGUGGUUACCCAAGGUCCGGCUGUGAGUGCUUUUCUGACAGACCGGAGAGCUUCCAUGACUACCACUCUUCACACUGAUAUCGUGAUCGCUUUGCCGUAUCCAGGAUGGCCCUCACAGGCACGUGAAUGGCUAUCACGUGAAAGGAAGUACGGAUGGCCGAAUGAAACUUUGAGACAUGAAAUACAGAAUAAUAUAGGGUGCAUGAUAGUACCGGUCGGGCGCUAUGGUAGUGAUAUGGAAGAUUUCCAGUGGCGGGUAUCCUUCUCACGUGCAGAAAUGUUACUAUCACGUUCCUUCACACGUGUUCAGCGUGAACUUGUUCAUUUGCUGAAAGCCUUGGACAUUGGUGGCUCGUAUCACAUAAUAAACCUGGUGUAUCGACUGAUCGAGGAUACCCCUGAAGACGCCUGGAGAAGUAAGAACCUGGCAACCCUUGUAUUUACACUUGUUGACCAAUACAUAGCCUGUGUCUGCGAGCGUAGACUGCCGCACUACUUCAUGCCGGCGCUGAACCUUAUGGCGAAAUACCAACGGGAAUUUGUUGAGGUAAACGGUCGCACUAGAUUUAUAGAUGACCAUUUGGAUGCGGUUCUGUUGCCCCUCCAUGAACUCCGAAUCAACCCUCUUGAUACGUUAUUGAAUCAGGAAAAAUAUUUGUCAUUACCCCAAGAUAUCCGGCGACGUGUGUUUGCUCCCCUUGUUGACGAGAUGAAGCCGACGGGAUCACAAAACAAGCGUGUUUACGUAGAUACUCUUGUCUCGCUUGCCAAAGCUCAUCUUCACCAUGAACGUGUUUCCUUGGCUUAUAGGUAUGUUCAGGACGCGAUGAAAUUUAGCCGUAGAUUGACCAAGGACACCGACAUGGAGAGAGAGACGGACCUACACCUGACAUCUGUCGUGUGUAGCUACAUGGUUGGGGAUACAGCGACCGCUAUGACCAGCCUCCAAGAACUCGAACAGCUUCUGAAUACAGAUGAACAAGAAUGCCAAGGUUGCGUGGAUGUUCGGCGAUCUUAUUAUCUGAUGCUAUAUGGUCGAAUUUUAUUCACACGGUCCUUUCUUCCUGAUUCCGAGAAAUCUGUUUCGUUAACCUUAGCGAGAGAGAUGUAUCGUCGAGCAAUGGACACGCUUGUGCCGGACACAACUGUUUACCUAGACAGCAUUAAUUUCUUCAUGCGUCUUGGUGAAACAGAUGAAGUCAACACUCUUAUUACGUUUCUCUCCGCGUAUCUUCUUUCUAGUGACGAAAGAGAGGAAAGUGUUAAAGACGUAAUUCAACAGCCGGACAAUACUAAUGAGGAAAUGAUAUCUGAAAUGAACACACAGAUUACAAGUCAGGAUCGUAACGAGGAGGAAAAGACGCACCAUUCAUCUGCGACAGAGUCAAUGGCAGACAUCUCGUCACGUGAUAGUCCGACGGACGUGCUGCCUGGGGAAGAUCGUAUAGACAGGGAGACGGACUUAGGUAAUAAUGAACAUAUUGAGGUAGUGUAUGACCGUAGUCGUCUUGUGAGUGAGGAACCGCCGUCGUCAUGGACACCAUUGGGUGACGUCUCCACACAGUUUACAACGAUGUUUGACGAUGACGAUGACAAAGAAGAUUCGGACCCCUUUACAACAAUCCCCGAGGAAAUCAAUAAUUUAGACGCAUAUUUUAUCCACAGAGUCGCUUUGGCAAAACGAUAUGAAAAGAUUGGUAUGUGUGAAAAAUCAAAUGAAAUGUUAAGAAAGUUAAAAGAAAAAUUGGAAGUGGAACAUGGAGACGCUGAUCGUAUUUUCCCGUUAGUUGUGGAAGCCAGUAAAAUGCUUGAAGAAACGUCCUAUGCUCAUGACUCAACCCCAGAAGAAUGGAGAAAAUUAUUCAAGGACAACACUUGCUAUAUAACAUACUGUAACACCGAUUUGCCUAUUGUCGACGACAUAAUAGCGACGCUCAUCCGUCGGAAGGACGGGAAGGUGAAAUUCACACAUAGAGAAGCGUUAUUACAUUUCCAAAUACAACAUUUCAAAAUGUUACACCAGUUCGCCCGAGCCCAGAGUACCGUCUCGGUACUGGAAUCUGAUUGUGAGAAUAGUAACCGAGAUGAAUGUCGAUGGUUACUUCAGCUUCACAAAGCCUAUUUUGGCCAUAAGACAGGUGACGACGUGGCCAACAAGGACCCCAGACGCGACCUCGGACUGGUUGACGGAGUGGUUGACGAAGUGGUUGCUAGAAUUGACCAACUAAUGGAUGCUAUCAAAACACACGAGAUACGAAACGCAGCCAUGGACGACAUAUUCAACUUCUCAGAUUAUUAACAGUAGCUUUAUAUAUUAUACUAAUGUACUAUCCUAAAACUACAUGUCAAUGAGCGCAAGCUAUGAAGUGGGGUAUCUAAAACCCGAGAGGAUUGCAUCAAAGAGGAUUGCCAUGGAAACAAUUGUAUUGCGGUAGCAGCAUUAUAUAAAAGUGUGUCAACACCAUCCAAUGCGAUGUUGUGGUAGUUGUAACCGACACAGUUGUUGCGGUACCCGUAGUUGUUGCGGUAUCCGUAGUUGUUGCGGUACCCGUAGUUGCUGUGUCGCCAUCUUUAGUAGAUGUACAGUAACACCCAAAAGAAGGGAUAUCAUGUGAUUUAUUACCUUACCGUUACAUACAUAUUAAAGUAUAACUGUCCUA